AUGGGUUCACAAGGAAAAAUGAUUAGAUACUUAGAUUUCGAAAUCAUAACACUGAGAAAGGGCUCUGUUGCAACUUGGGGGAGUCAAGAAACAAGUUGCACACCUACUAUUUCCCAAGGAGUUUUUAAGGAUUUUCGGACAGAACCUCAAGGACAGUAUAAUGUUGAAUACUUUUAUUCCAUAAGUUUUGGUUAUCUGCUAGUUUUUGAGUACAAGGGAGACUCCAAAUUUCAAGUACUCAUAUUUGACCCAAGUGCCUCGGAGAUAGAUUAUUCAUUAGCUAGGAAGGACAAACCUGGCUCUGUCAAAUCAGCUCAAGUGAAAGUAAGGCAAAUUGAUAUUGAUGAUUCCAGUAGUUCUGAUGAUCUGAUCAGGCCUUGCAAGAAGACGAAAGCUGAACCUAGUUCAGAAGCAUCACCUAAAUUGGGACAAGAAAAAGCAAAAGAGGCAUCUAAAGUGGACAAAGAUAGAGCACUUGCAGUGGCGAAUGCUUUUAAAUCAAAGAAUGUGUCUUUCAUUCAUGUUAUGAAAGAGUCACAUAUGGUAGGUGGAGGAUGGCCUAACGUGUAUAUCCCAAAGAGCUUUAAAGAAGCAUAUACCUGGCAGAGCAAUCAGAAACUUAUUCUCGUCGUUGAAGGAAGAUCUUGGGUUGUUUUUUGCAAUAUGAAUUCGAAGUGCAACCAGUGUAGAAUUAGUCGUGGAUGGACUAUAUUUGCAGGGGACAAUUCACUGCGUGUAGGUGAUGUUUGUGUUUUUGAGCUUAUCAGCAGCUCUAGCAAAAAAUUCAAAGUCUUCAUAUCUCGAGCUUCAAAGGAAACAAACUGUGAAGAAAAUGAAAGAUUGCCCAGGGUACGAAGUGAAGCAGACAAAGCUAGAGUGCUUCAAUCUCUUAAAGCUUACAAACCAAAUCGCCCCUUCUUCAGUGUCGAGGUUCACAGAUCUUACUUGUAUGGUGGAUCCAUGACUGUACCAUUGGAUUUUAUAGAGAGCAACAUAACCAAAGACAGUUGCCGUGUUGUCCUUCAACUUCCCGAUGGAAGAGUUUGGUCAGUCAAGUGCUACAUCAACAAGAAGUGCGCCAAAUUUAGUGCUGGUUGGAAGAACUUCGCAACAGAAAAUAAUUUGGCUGCAGGUGACUUCUGUGUGUUUGAGUUGGUUAAGGAAAGGUUGUUGAAUGUUGUCAUUUUUCGUGUUGAAUCAUAAGAUUUUCCAAUGACAAUUGUUGGUUAUGUUAUCAGCUUCAUGAAUCAGCAGUGUAUGUAUUAAGUGAUAGUUGCAGGCUUCGGUAUAUUUUAACUGCAAUCAGAACUGUUUAUUGAUCAGCGGUGUAAGUACCAAGUGACAUUGUUGUUAAUUGGACUGAUUAUGCCUAAGAUAAUACAGUCUGCAAUAGGAUCUUCCAUGGUAUUUGCCUUGGGGAUUGUUUAUUGAA